AUGGAAUGCGUGAAAGGGAGUAUCUUUGGAUCCACAAGUCUGCGCGGCUCUCGUCCUCCGAUGGAGGAUGGUGCCGCUGAUCGCUCCAUGUCACGGCCGCCGACAUCGCCCCCUUUAGCUGCUUCUCUCGCAAGUAGCACCGCUGCUGCAGUCACUGCCGUGCCGAGCUUUGAUGCAAUGGACGACGACGAUGCACCGCCUCAGCAAACGUUGCAUGACAUGCCUCAGGUACAAGGCCGUGCAUUCGAUUCAUCCAUGACGUCGGGCAUGUUAUCAAGCUCAGUGGGAGCUGCGGAUGAUUCUUCUUCUUCUGUCCGUAUGCCUGUGUCGGGACAGGCAAGUCCCCUAGCGCACCGUUCCGUGCUCGUGUAUGGGUUUCCGCCGCUUCUGCGCUCUGUGGUUGUUGAACAGUUUUCAGCACUUGGUGGGUUGGAGUCUAUUGAUGAUGUCUCAAUCAAUCCAGCGCAGGAGAAGACGCUAAGACUUGUAUUUCAUGAACCGAUCCAGGCCCUGCAGGCUGUUUCUCAGAACGGACGAACAUUAGCAGGCACGUGCAUGGUUGGUGUGCGAUGGGAGAAUGAUGCAAUGCAUCAGCAGAGCUUGGUUGGCGGACUUGAUGCACCCCUGCUAGGUGUUUCGUCGGGGGCUGCAUUUGACCCAAAUGUAGCGCCUCCCAUGGCGUCAACAGCGCCAGCGACGCCCGUCUCGCAGCUGCGUGCCUCAUCGGCUCGACACACCGCAGGCACGCCGGCAUUUGGUCGUCCCAUCGACAAGGUGGAAUCGCCAGGUUCUGCGCUGGCGCAACCUACGAAAGAUACGGCAAAGACCUCCGCCCUUCAAUCCCUAUGGAACAUGUGUCCUUCAAUGUGGAAUGGACAUGCGUCCUCCUCGACCAAAUCAGUGGAUGCGUCGAUUGAAAUAGGUUCAAAGCAGAAACCGACCACCCUGCUAGGCCACCUUGCAGAGGGUCUCUUUGGUUGGUAG